UGGGCGUUGUACUCACCAUUUCUACGAAUUCGUUAUUAAACUGGGUUAAAAAAAAACAUGCCGUUGACGAGGAUACUAGAACCGAAGAAAUUGCAGAUGGCAUUCUGGGUUUAAUUGGCAAUACGCCACUUAUGAGGAUCAAGAGUUUGAGCGAAGCGACAGGUUGUGAAAUACUGGCAAAGGUUGAGUUUUUGAAUCCUGGAGGUAGCCUGAAAGAUCGGGCCGCCCUCAAUAUAAUAAAAAAAGCUGAAGAACAGGGUUUGAUAAGUCCAAAUUCUGGAUGUACUAUUUUUGAAGGAACUUCUGGUUCCACGGGGAUAUCCAUUGCAAUUAUUUCUCGUGCAAAAGGUUACAAUGCAUGGAUUAUAAUGCCAGAUGAUCAAGCAGAAGAAAAGUACCAAUUACUAGAAAAAUUAGGAGCAACAGUUGAAAAAGUAAGGCCCGCAAGUAUUAUAGAUAAACAGCAAUUUGUCAACCUAGCUAAAAGUCGGGCUGAACUAUUUGGAAAACGCCAGGGCGUUCAGCAAGAUGUGGAUAAAGAUUUUGAAAUUAUUAACUUACAGAACUCUAUAGAUAAUUCUAGAAAGGCUGGGUUUUUUGCCGAUCAAUUUGAAAAUGUGUCAAAUGCUGAGGCACAUUAUUGUGGAACAGGUCCCGAAAUAUUUAGGCAAACCAGUGGCAAAAUUGAUGCGUUUGUUGCCGGGGCUGGUACCGGCGGCACUAUUUCUGGAAUAUCACGUUAUCUUAAACCACUCAUACCUUCCCUAAAAGUAUUUCUUGUUGACCCCCCUGGUUCUGGAUUAUAUAAUAAGAUAAAAUACAAUAUUAUGUAUUCACCUUAUGAAGCUGAGGGCACACGACGUAGACAUCAGGCUGAUACUAUUGUAGAAGGAGUUGGUUUAAAUCGUAUGACUGAAAACUUUAGUACUGCAUAUAGGUUGAUUGAUGAUGCGAUACGUGUUAGUGAUGAAGAAGCUGUCGCAAUGGCAAGAUAUUUGGUUCAGGAAGAAGGUCUUUUUGUUGGAAGCUCGUCGGCGAUCAAUUGUGUUGGUUGCGUGCGUGUUGCAAGGCAAUUAGGUCCAGGAAAGCGCAUUGUUACGAUUUUGUGCGAUUCAGGUCAACGUGUAUGUUUGUAA